CGCAGUUACAAAUCCCCAGAACGAGCAGCGGUAGCUCAGGUCAGUUAGUCCAGUCAGCAGUCAUCCACGCAUCUAUCUAUAUUCCCUUUUCUUAAAUUAGCCACAUUAAGCUUCGCGAUACCGCCCCCAAUUUCAGCGUCGGUACGGAGCCGCCAGGCCGGGACAGAGACGGAGAGAGAGGCCUCGGCCAUGGAAGCGCUCGGACCCGGCCCGCCCGCCCCUACCUCUCUGUUUCAGCCUCCACGGCGUCCCGGCCUUGGCACGGUGGGAAAACCCAUCCGGCUCCUUGCCAACCACUUCCAGGUGCAGAUUCCCAAGAUUGAUGUCUAUCACUAUGAUAUCGACAUCAAGCCUGAGAAACGGCCUCGAAGGGUCAACAGGGAAGUGGUGGACACCAUGGUGCGGCACUUCAAGAUGCAGAUCUUUGGAGACCGACAGCCUGGUUACGAUGGGAAGAGGAACAUGUACACAGCACAUCCACUGCCAAUUGGGAGAGACAGGGUGGAUCUGGAGGUGACUCUGCCGGGUGAGGGGAAAGAUCAGACGUUCAAGGUGUCUCUGCAGUGGGUGUCAGUGGUCAGUCUUCAGAUGCUGCUGGAAGCCCUGUCAGGCCACCUUAACGAGGUCCCGGAAGACUCUGUUCAGGCUCUGGAUGUCAUUACACGGCAUCUGCCUUCCAUGAGGUAUACUCCAGUGGGGCGCUCGUUUUUCUCCCCUCCGGAGGGCUACUACCAUCCUCUGGGCGGAGGCAGGGAGGUGUGGUUUGGUUUCCAUCAGUCAGUUCGUCCUGCCAUGUGGAACAUGAUGCUCAACAUCGAUGUGUCGGCGACAGCUUUCUAUCGUGCUCAGCCUGUGAUAGAGUUCAUGUGCGAGGUGCUGGAUAUACAGAACAUCAACGAACAGACCAAACCACUGACUGAUUCACAGCGUGUCAAAUUUACUAAGGAAAUAAGAGGCUUGAAAGUUGAGGUCACACACUGUGGUCAAAUGAAGAGGAAGUACCGUGUGUGCAAUGUAACACGCCGACCUGCCAGUCACCAAACGUUCCCCCUACAGCUUGAGAACGGCCAAGCCAUGGAGUGCACAGUAGCUCAGUAUUUCAAGCAGAAGUACAAUCUGCAGCUCAAGUAUCCACAUUUACCCUGCCUGCAAGUAGGCCAAGAACAGAAGCACACUUACCUUCCCCUGGAGGUCUGUAAUAUUGUAGCAGGCCAACGCUGCAUCAAGAAACUGACAGAUAACCAGACAUCCACCAUGAUCAAAGCUACAGCUCGCUCAGCCCCCGACAGACAGGAAGAGAUCAGCAGACUGGUCAAAAGCAACAGCAUGGUCGGGGGCCCGGACCCUUACCUGAAGGAAUUUGGCAUUGUUGUGCACAAUGACAUGACAGAGGUGACAGGACGUGUUCUCCCAGCACCCAUGCUGCAGUAUGGGGGCCGGGUGAGUACAGACACAGGGAGGGACUGUGGCAGGGGACUCUCUCCGCAGAACAAAACUGUGGCCACGCCCAACCAGGGCGUGUGGGACAUGAGAGGAAAGCAGUUCUACGCCGGCAUUGAAAUCAAGGUUUGGGCCGUGGCCUGCUUCGCUCCACAGAAACAGUGUCGAGAGGACCUGCUCAAGAGCUUCACUGACCAGCUUCGAAAAAUCUCCAAGGAUGCUGGCAUGCCCAUUCAAGGCCAGCCAUGUUUCUGUAAAUACGCCCAAGGAGCAGACAGCGUGGAGCCCAUGUUCAAACACCUCAAGAUGUCUUAUGUUGGUCUGCAGCUGAUUGUGGUCAUCCUUCCUGGCAAAACACCAGUCUAUGCUGAGGUAAAGCGGGUUGGCGACACUCUCCUUGGCAUGGCAACCCAGUGUGUGCAGGUGAAGAACGUAGUGAAGACGUCCCCUCAGACCCUCUCCAACCUGUGCCUCAAGAUCAACGCCAAGCUGGGAGGCAUCAACAACGUCCUGGUGCCUCAUCAGAGGCCCUCUGUGUUCCAGCAGCCUGUCAUCUUCCUGGGAGCGGAUGUCACACAUCCACCAGCGGGUGAUGGGAAGAAGCCGUCCAUUGCAGCUGUGGUGGGCAGCAUGGAUGGUCACCCCAGCCGUUACUGCGCCACAGUGCGAGUCCAGACAUCUAGGCAGGACAUGUCGCAGGUAACAGCUGAGCAACUCUUCAGCCAGGAGGUAAUCCAAGAUCUGACCAACAUGGUGCGGGAGCUGCUCAUCCAGUUCUACAAGUCCACACGCUUCAAGCCCACACGAAUCAUCUAUUAUCGUGGCGGCGUGUCAGAGGGACAGAUGAAACAGGUCGCGUGGCCGGAGCUGAUAGCCAUCAGGAAGGCCUGUAUCAGUCUGGAGGAAGAUUACAGGCCGGGCAUCACCUACAUAGUCGUUCAGAAACGUCACCACACUCGCCUCUUCUGCUCUGACAAAGCUGAGAGGGUUGGGAAGAGCGGUAAUGUCCCAGCAGGCACCACGGUGGACAGCACCAUCACACACCCAUCCGAGUUCGACUUCUACCUGUGCAGCCAUGCUGGGAUUCAGGGAACCAGUCGUCCCUCCCACUACCAUGUCCUGUGGGAUGACAACUGUUUCACUGCCGAUGAACUGCAGCUCCUCACCUACCAGCUGUGCCACACCUAUGUCCGCUGCACACGUUCCGUCUCCAUCCCAGCACCGGCCUACUAUGCCAGACUAGUGGCUUUCAGAGCCCGCUAUCACCUGGUGGACAAAGACCAUGACAGUGCUGAAGGCAGCCACGUGUCUGGUCAAAGUAACGGCCGGGACCCCCAGGCGUUGGCCAAGGCAGUUCAGAUCCACUAUGAUACCCAGCACACCAUGUACUUCGCCUGAACUAUCAAGCACGUCAGCCAGUCCACCCGUGGAUUCCCUUUCUUUCAGUCUUUUUAUCUCUUAUUUGCCAGUCUCUCUCUUUCUCUCUCUCUCUCCUUGUAGUCUGUCUCUUUCUCUUCACACUCACUCUACUAAUUUUCUGAAUCUGCACCAAAGCGGCUCUUGGACCGGGGAAAUCUGCUGUGUCCCGAUGUCCAGCAGCUUUUUAUUUCAAGGAACAACCUCCAACCAGCGUUCCCAAUCGAGCCGCCUUUCAAACCAGCAAUCCAGCGCAGUGAAACCUGAGCGUUUCCAGUGCGCAAAAGAAAAAAACAAACAAAACAUACACACAUACUACAAGUUGAGCCAUUAUUUUGAGUUUGUUUUUUCUAUUUGAAUGUCUGCAGUCUUGUGUUUAUAAGAUACACUGAGCAAGGGAGUGGAUUGGCACGGUCUGUGUCAGCGCAGCUCUUUAGCUCUCCCAGCUAAGCAGGACUCUUAUCUACUUUUACCUCAAAGCCCCUUUGGGCAAAAUCUGUCACACGGUCUUGGGUUUAUUGGGUGGUGGGGAGGGAACUCUACAGGAAAAGAGAUGGAGGGGAGUCGACCUUUUGAGAAUGAGAUAUAUAUAUAUAUACAUAUAUAUCUAAUAUACAUAUAUAUUUUUCCUUUUUAUGAGCGUGUGUUAACUUUUUCUCCUUUACCGUCUUUUACAAGCGAGGUGACCUGGGUGUCAUGCCCAUUACUACUUUCCUCCCAUCUUAGGUGUGUGUGUGUGUGUGUGUGUGUGUCUGUGUUUCUUUAUGGGUGUGUGUGUGUACGUGUGCUGCUGUAUGGGUGUGUGCAUGUGUGUUUCAUGGCAGGCCACUGAAUUGUAAAGGGAAAUCAAGGAGAUAACUGCUGUAAAUGCCUCAGAUUUGUUGUUUUUAUAUUCACACAUACAGUACAUAUAAGCAUAUAUUUACAUCUAUAGAGCAACUUUGAGACAUAUGACUUAAAACAGGCCUCAUAGAGGCUGGUGUGGGUAUUUGUAGCAGUCCUGACUCACUUGUGAAUUGAAAUGCUUUGAAUUACAUUUUGAACAUGUGCGUUAGCUUAGCUGCUGGUACAGGAUGGCUGGGAUUUGCACGUGUGGGAGCUUGCUCCUCUGUGCCUCAAACAUCACUGAAUCCCAGAAAGAGUAGUUUGACCCAUUUCAAGUGGUGAGUGAGGUCAGGUCUGACGUGUAGCAGUAGUAACCGUGGUCUGGCCUGUGACUGGCUCAGCAUUGGGACCUGUUGAAUGGCUGAAGGCAUUAAACGCAGAGUAUGGUCUUAUCAGCUUUCUGUGUGAAAAGCAGGAUCUUAUUUUUCUUUGGACCUGAUUAUCUGAAAGAUUAUAUGAUGACACGGCUGGACGUUGCUUUUCUUAUUUUUGUUUUCUUUUUGUAGUAGUUUAAAGGGCCGGAAACCAACGUAGUUUUUUUUAGGUCUCCUUUGCUAAUACUGGCCAAUUCAUUGCACUGACCCGGGACGCUAGGCAAGCAACAGAGGGCACUCUCAAUCUCUCGUACCUUUAUGCAUUUAUACAUACGAAUCAACAAAGCAGAUUUGUAAAAGUUUAAUAUAAGAUGUUUUGUGGUUAUCUUUAAAAAAAACUGUUGUUUAGAAUUAGUAGUUUACCAUUGAUGUUGUUGUUGUUGUUAUCGUUGUUGUCAAUGUUGUUACUAUUGUGAUGAAAUUUUACGGUUGGCAGCAAAGCCAGUUAUAUAGUUACUAGUGCGACUUCAGGAAUAGACUUCAGUUGUUGAGCUGCAGGUUAAGCGGUUAGAGCUUUGGGUUGGACAUUUUUUUUGUAGCAUUCUGGUUCAGGGUGAGAUGACAUAGGCCCCAGGAUGGAUGGAUUCAUGCUUCCUUUGUAGGUUCAGAUGUGAGUACAAUUUUUAGUGGCAGGUUUGAAGGGUUUGUGUAGCACUCUGACUAGUAGAACAGCUGGUGUGGGUUGGUUUGGAUCAGAUAGAUGGAGACAAUCAGGGAUUGUAAUCAGAGUGAACCUAGAUUAAGCAAUUUCUUUAAAAAGCGGUCUGCGAUAGGCAAUGAGUUGAAUUUUUAGACUUUUUAAAAAUGGUUUCUAUUACUCUGUGUGUAUUUGAAGUAUACCCAUCUUAAAGUCUCUGCUAUUUGACGGUGUUUGUUUCAUAUUUUUAUGCAUUUUUAACACUGGAUUAAAUAAAUCGACAAUAAGCAUAAGCACUGCCCAUGGACCCCCUGUACAAACACUCAGCAAACUGGUUACCAUGGAAACAGUAGUGACAUCAGUGCUGUGGUGACGGUUGCACAAGUGGUGCCCCCUGGUGUUGCGAUUGGUCAAAGAUGUAGGACAUAGGGUGGUGGAGAAACAGUCGACGUGCACGCCUCAUCAGGGGGGGACAGCUCAGUGGAAGCCCUUUUGUAAUAAACCGCCCGUAAAGCAGCAGGUUUACUAUGAAUGAGUUUGAGCACCUGCCUGUUGAAGGCGUGGGCGUUGGCAUUGGCUAGGAGCAGAGAGGUGGGAAAUGAGGACAGGGGUGGGGGGUGGGGGGGAUUGGGAGGGUGUUGUCCAGGCAUUGCAUGCAAUAAGUUUUACUCUUUGUUUAAAGGGGGCAGAUGAGUUUUAAAACGUGCACUAGUUUUGUCAAGCCAAGUGGGCUGUGAUUGAAUAUUCAUCUGGCAUCUCAAACGGGGAAAGAUUUUGAUGUUUUUAUUUUUUAUCCUCUACAAUAUUUGAUCAUUAAACUCCAGUCAGAUAGACUCCCUGGUUGUAACAUGACAUUGCAAAGCAAUAUUAACCCAGCUCUAGUUUUCAAAUGUGGAAAAACAAAGCUAUAAUUCUACUCAUCGUGGUUGUCGGUCUACACUUGUAAUUGUGUGUCUGUACUUUUAAUUUUUUAAUUUUUAGUUAAUUUUAUUUGCUUGUAUCAAUCAGUGGGAAUGUGCAUUUGGUGGAAUAGUUAAGUAGGCUGUAGACAAUUUUCUUUCAAGUAACAAAAUGUAGACUUUGCUCGCCUGCAUGCCAGAGUAUUGUCCUUUUUAAAAAAGAAAAGAGAAAAAAAAAAAGCAAAACAUUUUUUGGAAUCAUAUUUAUUAUGAGAAAUAAAAAAUAUAAACGCUUUUUUUUUUUUUUUUUGGGUAAAUGUUAAUCAAUUUAGUGGGACUGUUUUAGGCUAGCAAUAUUUGUCCAGUCUCUCUAAGAUGCAUUUUAAAGAUUCCUACAUAAAAAGUGAGUAAUUUGGAAGGUACACUGUUUUGGGGGCGGGGGGGUCGAGCUCUUUGCAUUGUGUUCAAAUUCAAACGAGGUACUUUCUUCAAACGUGGACCUGUUAAAGACCUGACCUCCCUUCUCUCUGCCAGGACACUGCAGUGAGCAUCCAUUUUGGCUCCUGGUUCCUGGUUUGUACCUGUGGCCACACCUCUUGGUGGGGGGGAGGGGGCUCUCCUGUCUCCAUGGCAACUCUGCUGACCCCUCACAAAUGCACUUCCUCUUUGUGAAGGGGUCCCCAUGGCAUCAGCGGAGCAGGAUUAGCUCUUUUUAACCUUUUUAAAAAACAAUCCAUAGUUCUUUCUGUGCCCCGAUAGAAAGAGAGCAUGAAUUAUUUUUCAAUUCCUCUCACUUUGAUAUAUUGUUAUAUCUUAACGGAUUUGUAAUUUGACAUUGUGUAUUGUGUAUUUUAAUUUUAUGAUUUUUCCUUUUUGGGGGUUUGUUAUAGCUCUGCUCUGUUUCUUUUUUCUGCUAGUGGUCUCUGAAGCUGUGUGUGGUGUCUAAUAGCAAUAAGAAUCAUAGAAUUGGAACAUUGCAAUUUAGUGAAUGGAACGUUCUGAUUCUGUGAAUGAACUGAGCCCCUUCUGACCAGUUUUAGAGGGCGGGGCAUGUUCUAGCCCCACCCCCAGCAGAGGGCCAUUCACUCGCUGUUAUUGCUAUUAUGUGACAUGUUCAAAUCUUUUUCUUUUUUUUCUUUUUUUUUUUUUUUUUAGCCUGCAGGGAAUUCUUGUGUUAAUGUGCAAAGUAAUAAAUUGGUAUUUUAUGCCUAUAA